AUGGACCGUGUCACUGCUGCUGAGUUUUUUGAAACAAUUUGCGGUGGUGUCGUUGACGCUAAAAUAAGCAACCGAUAUAGAUUAGACGAUCCUCCAAUUGGAAAAGCUACUGAUGCACGAGACAAUGAGAAAUCAACACUUAUUAAGAAGUUAAUAGAGCUAUUGAAGUCACAUGCAAACGUACAGAUAGAUGAUGGCGCGCCUGAAAGCAAAACCAUCCAGAUCCAAUUUGCCAUAUUAUGA